AUGACAGUGUUCGGGUUCUAUGCUAUGCUUGUUACAGAUACCAGAGCCGCAGUAAUGGCAAUGAGAGGCCAUUGGAGACUAUUCUCAAGCGCCAAAAGGACCAACGCCGCUGUAUAUGUUGCAAUUGUCCAGAUGGCCCAAACGUCAGGUGGAACCCAGCACGUGAUCAACCAACUACUGGGCUGUACAGGUGCGCUGCCUGUCACGCGCGGUAUCAAAGGAGCUUGCCAGAAGCUCCAGAUCAGACUACCCAAUCUUCACUAUGCGUCAGCUGCAGUGAAUCAAAUCCUAAAGACUGGCACGUGCGAGCUUUGCCGGACUAAGUACGCCAAGAUGUGGUGGGCAGGAUGCAAAUCAUCCGAAUGCGGGCCCGAUGAGCUCACUUACCAGGAAUACCGUGAAAAAGUCGGUAAUGCGACCAUGAAACCGGAGUUCUUCGCCUACUUGAAACGCGCCCAUGGCAUCGACAGGUCGGCAGCGGCAGUGGUGGAAGCGAAACAACUGGAGGAUGCCCUAAACAUAGAGGGAUAA